AUGACAAAUCAAUACUUUUCAACUUAUGUCGAAGAUUUAGAACAAGAACCUUUUGAUGCUAUUGAUUUUGUGGAACGUUUGGCAUGGCGUUUAACUGGAGGUAAAGAUGAUAUUAAUGUUACGGAUUUGAAGACAAAGUUUGAAGAGGAAAUUGGUAAUUUACAAAUGUUAAGCGAUCAAUUUCAGUCGAAAAUAAGUUCCUUGGAACAACAAUGUAGCAAUGAUAAACGUGAAUAUUUAAACGUUCUACACAAACUUCAUGAACAAAAUGCUGAUGCUAUGGAUAAAUUAAAGGCCAAGUUUUUGAAGCAGUUGGACAGCACUAUGCAAACAGUCUCAACUAAAGUGGUACAUUUGGGUGAUCAAUUGGAAAGUGUUCAUUUGCCACGCGCUCGUGCCAAUGAAGCUCUACAGCUAAUGAAGCACUUCGAUGAAUUUUUGGCUGAUCAACCACUGAGUUCUGAUAUCUUCAUUGAUCCAGAUAGGUUGUUGGAAUCUGCUGCUAUGAUUCAAAAAUUAUCAUCUAUUUCGCAGGAAUUAGCAAAAGAUAAAUACAGUAACGUGCAAAUUAGAAUUGCUCACAAAUACGAUGAAAUUGAACGAUUAAUGUUGGAAGAAUUUGUGCGAGCUCAUCGACAGGGGAACUGGCGUAGAAUGCAUGAAAUAGCUGCGAUUUUGGCUGACUUUAAAGGCUACUCACAGUGUCUGGACGCUUUUGUUGAGCAUAUGCAGAUUAAUGCUUUUCGCGGUGAUAACAUCUUCGAUGAUAUUUUAUCACUUUGUCAGAAAACUCAGCCGAUGUUGAAAGAGAUUUUUCCAAAUCCUGACCAAGUGAAGUCAAAAUUGAUUUUAAAUUUAUUCCAUGGAAAAUUGCAGGAAGUCAUAACGAUGAAGUUAAGGGAUUCAGAAAAUGAUUUAGAAAUUUAUUUAACAACAAUAUAUGAUCUCUAUUCCAGAACACAAAAAUUAGUAUCAAAUUUAUUGACAUUGCGGAUUUCUGGAACUGACGCUCAGUUUAUGGAUACGUUGGUGCGGUCUGUGUUCGGACGUUAUUUAGAAACGUAUCCUACAAUUGAACGGCAGUUUUUGACAGAACAGUGUGGCGCCAUAUUGAGUCGGUUUUACGAAUCGAAAAAUCAUCAGAAGAAACAAAUUCAAAGUGGUGGGUUUCAAGACUUGAAACGAGAUAUUCAAGCAAGAUUAUUGAAUGUGGAAACAUAUGGUGGUGAAACGUUUCUAUCCGAAGAAGUAGCUAUUAACAUACUUCAAGAAACGAAGAAUGCCUUUCAACGCUGUCAGCUGUUAUGCGAUAAAGAUGAAGCGCCGAAAAUGACAGAAACGAUAUUUGAUAUACUUUUGCGAUUUUUGUACACUGAACAUUUGGAUUAUGCAAUUGAUCUUUCACUUGCAGGAAUAUCGUUAGCUGAACCAAAAACUGAACCUCCUAAUUAUUUUUUUUCUGUUGUUCAACAAGCAGUAGCUAUUACUCAUCUUUUCUAUAAGCAAUACGAUGAUUCCAUUUUUCCAUUGGUCAACGAUACGGCUGUUGAGGAUGUUUGUAGACGAAAACGUGCUGAUUGCCUACGUAACGUUGAAAAUCGGAUAAAUCUUGGACUUGAACGACAAAUUAAUGCAGUAGUCGGUUAUAUACGUUUCUUAUUGACUAAUGAACAAAAGAAGACAGAUUUUCGUCCCGAAGAUGAAAACCAAAUGGUGACGGCUAUGUCUAAUGCUUGUGCUCUCGUUGUCAAAUAUUUGAAUUCAGAAGUACAGGUAAUACGUGACAGCCUUGAUGGAGGUAAUUUGACUACUCUAAUGCUAGAAUUUGGUCGUCGUUUUUACAAAGUUUUAUUGACGCAUAUAUAUCAAUUUACGUAUAAUUCUCAAGGAGCUAUGCUCUUACUAUGUGAUAUCAACGAAUACAGAAAAUGCAUGCUUAGUUGGAAAAUUCCGGAAAUUGGCAAGCAAUUUGAAGCCUUACAUGCACUUGCAAACUUAUUAGUUGUUGUGCCGGAGAAUUUGAACGAAGCCUGUUCAUCACAGUUAUUGAUUGAUACGGAUAGAAGAAUGGUUAAUAGUUUCAUACAACUUCGGAUGGAUUAUCGAACAGCUAAAUUACAUUUAAAUUUUAUAUGA